UCAUGGAUGGAAUCAACGAAUUCCAGGGGCGACUGGAGGUUUAUGAGAAUGAUCGAUGGGGUACUGUUUGUAAUAACGGAUGGCAUGAUCAUCAUGGAAACGUCAUCGUCGUCUGUCGCCAGCUCGGUUUCUUAGCUGGGAGUUAUAGAAGCAGAAAAAGGGGCAGGAAGAAGACAUUUUUGAUAGACAAUGUAAUGUGUGACGGCAAAGAAAGCAGUAUCAGUGCAUGUCAAUUCGACAUACUCAAGAACAGUAAUUGUGCCGGACGCAUUGACUUUGAAGUGGAAAUUAUUUGUGAACGGCCCCCCUCUACAACUUUACCGAAACAAGGUGACCUUAGACUCAAGAAUGGAAAAGAUGCGUUCGAAGGAAGAGUUGAAAUAUACAGAGAAAACAGUUGGUUAUCUAUUUGUCAAAACAGUUGGGGAGAAGUGGAGUCAAGGGUUGCAUGCAAGCAACUUGGGUUCAAUGGAGGAAUAACCAAAUUAAAUGCCUAUUUCGGUAAAGGUUAUGCCGGUCCAUGGAGAGUGGCGUUGUUAUGUGACAGCUCCAAGGAUAGAUUGAUCGACUGUGAUGUACUGGCUACAGCGUGCACUCCGAGUAAAACAGCAGGUGUUGUUUGUGAAGCACCUGUAUCUUAUGGAUCAUCAUGUGAGCCUGCAAAACAGUGUAAAGGGAACUCUAUAUGCGUCACGUCAGAGGGGAAACAAACAUGUCUUUGUUCUGACGAAACGACCAUGUUCUGGGACAGUGUAUCAUCGACAUGUAAAAACAAGUCGAGGUACAAUGCGUCUUGUAAUCUUACUAUACAAAACAACUGUGCAAACACACUCGUUUGUGAUAACGAUACAAGCUCUUGUCUAUGUUCAAAAGACGUGUUCUGGGACGAUAGACAAACAGAAUGUAAACCUAAAUCUGAUUACAACGAGACAUGUUACGAGAACACUCAUGAAAGCUGUAAAAGUAAUCUUGUGUGUCGUCAACAGAACAAUGGCACUGCGUGUCGUUGUUACGAAGAGGAAAACAUGUAUUGGGAUCCAUCAGCAUCAGCAUGUAAGACAAAAUCCCGUUACAACGAUACUUGUUUUGAUGACAUACCAGAAGGUUGUAGAGGUAACCUUGUGUGUAGCCAACAGUACACUGGCAGAAGGAUUUGUCAAUGUAAGGAUGAGAAUAACACGUUUUUGGAUUCCUCAACCUCUACCUGUCACACAAAAAAAUCAUUCAAUAGCGCUUGUGCUACUUCAAGUGAAUGUCAAAGUAACCUUGUAUGUCGGACAGAAGCUUACAUAAACAGAUGUCUUUGUGAAGAAAAAGGUUACACUGUAUGGCAUACUGAUGACAAGCGUUGUUUUGCAGUGGAGCAGCUGUCCGCAGUGUACGUGGGGUUACAGUUGACGUACAAUGAUGCUAAAACAUACUGCGUUGAUGAAAUGAAAGGAAGCUUAGCAACAUGGAGCAAUAUUCAACUGCUGUUUGAAAAUUGCACUGAUAACGUAGCCGACAUUUGGACACAGACAUCAAACCAUCAAAAACAAAUGCAGAAUAAAUCUGAUAUUGUUUGCCAGUAUGUCAGUUUUGGUGAUUUAUACAACAUCAGCUGCAGUAAUAAAAAACGUUUCCUUUGCAUACACGAACGUAACGACAUUGAUGGGACAUCUUGUAAAAAUUUCCUAUUAGAAAAAACUUUUAAACAGGAUACAGCAUCCAAUGCAGCAAUGAUAUGGACGAUAGUCGCUAUAUUCACUCUUCUUCUCGCCAUCGGCACUACAUUAUCUGCCAUUGUACACAGAAGAAAGCGGAAAUGGAACGCAAAUAACAACACAGCAAGUUCAGGAUUGCAUUCAUUUCUCAAUAAUGCAUACGAUACGAAUAUUCCUCUCAACGAAAAUCCUUACAUAAACAGCUGUGCUGCGCUUGAACCAGACUAUGCCAUUAUUACUACGGGUUAUGACAAAUCAGAACAGAAUGAAACUAAGGCCAACAAAGGAAACCCAUACAUCCAGGUUAGGAAUACUUCAACGGGUUACUUCGAUAUGAGUGGUAGGCUAGCAACACAGCCCGCCAAGGUUCAAACUGAUGAUAAAACAUCCACAUUAGCAAAGGAAAAUGAUCGUUUUAUACCAUGUUCCUCAUCUCCGAGUAAUACCGAAUCGCGUAAUGGUGGCUAUACACUGUGUUCUCGUCCAGAAAUACCACCCGGUAUCUAUAAUACGUUUGCGGAUAUGAAAAAAGCAAUGACUGAUGAAGCAGCUGCUAGUCCCUACGAUCAUGUCGAGACCGACGGAUACGGUCUUCUGAAUUUGGGAACUGAAAAUGAAACAGAUUACGACAUAUCUGGUCAUACAAAUCCUGAUCUUCCUCUUUAGAUAAAUGACAUUGAAAAAGUGCUGAAUCAUAUAUUGUAAUUUUACCCAGCAAAUGUUGUGACCAUACAUCUUAUUUGCUUUUCAAAUAGUCACUUUUAAUAUGUUUUCAAGUUUUAUAAUGUUUUUGUUUUCUAGAUAACCCGAAUAAAUGGAAGAUUUUUCUUUAAACUGAUUUGAUUGAUUUGAAAUGUACAAUGUAUUCAGUCCACGAACUAAAACCUCGUCGAUAUGGGUUCAUGAAUAUUUUUUUCAACUUCACGAUUGAUAUGUUCAUUGGAGCGAGAUUCUAAUAAUUACGAAAUAAAUUCAACUAAAAGAUAGGGAAGGAUAUAUACAUAUACU